UGAUCGGUUAAUUCUAACCCUACUUUGCAGACCAAAUGAUUACUCUCCGCUUGGCUAUCCUCUGGGCAGCCUGUCUAUCCGCAGUACUAGCGGAUACCAGGCAGCUACAGCUGCAGCCACCCACAACAUACGCCGCAGAGAACUGGGAGUACAGACUAUCAACGGACAUAAAACCCAUAAAUUACAACAUUACCCUGCGACCAUAUUUGCUGGAAAGCGAUGGACAAAAGCGUUUCACCUUCGAUGGUGAGGUCUUUAUUGAAAUCCAACCUACGGUUAACACAAAGCUUGUAUCGCUUCACUCGAAGAGCCUGACCCACUCGAUCAGAGAAUAUUGGGUAAAGCCGCUGCGGGUGUAAAACCCACUCCACAGA